UUGUACUUCAAGUACUUACAUAGAAGCUGGCUUUGAUUAGCAGUCAAAUAUAUCAAUAAAGUAAUUCACUUGUUGUUGUGAUCUAUUUCGUUGAUGACUGUAUCUCCAGCAGCAAAAUUACAUUUAUGUACCGAUGAAAAAGUUGCUUCAGAAACAUGGAAGAAUUUGACCAGUCGCAAAGAGACAAUUCACCUUCAAUAACCUCUCAAAAGAAGUUGAUUAGUCGGUUUAUCCUAGGAAUCGUCACUGUUAUAAUAUUUGGUUUCUUGUGUGGAAUGGCCGGCUAUUUUUAUAGCGAAAAUCACGAUGACGACGUUAUAGUCGUCGAGCCUAACCCUAGUGGAGAAUAUUAUAUCGGUAUAUGGAAAAAUGACGUCACAGGACCCGUCAGCCAAGUAAACAUGAUGGGUUAUGCUAAACCUGGUCAAAAUGCGGGUGGUAUUCAUACUCGACUGUACAGUCGCGCGUUUAUCAUUGCAGAUAUUUCAAAAACUACUCGAGUAGCAUUUGUCAGUGUCGAUUACGGAAUGACUUCACAACUCGUUAAACUACGAGUAAUAGAGGAACUACGAAAGGAAUUUGGUGACAUGUACACGGAGAGAAACGUUGUGCUAUCCGGUUCGCAUACACACUCUGCUCCAGGAGGAUUUUUUGGAUAUACUUUAUUUGAAGUCACUUCAAAGGGAAUGGUUUCCCAAGCCAUUGAAUCGUAUAUCGAAGGAAUCGUUCGAAGUAUAAAAUAUGCUCACAGCAAAAUGCGCAUUGGAAAUAUUCAGGUCAUCUCGCAAGAACUUCAUGAUGCGAAUAUCAACAGAAGUCCUAGCGCAUAUUUGCGGAACCCAGAAAACGAGAGAAAAAGGUACAAAUACAACACUGAUCACGAAAUGACACUUUUGCGAUUUGACGCAGCAGAUGCCGGACCUUUAGGAAUCAUCACUUGGUUUCCAGUUCACCUAACAAGCAUGAACAGCUCAAAUCAUUUGAUAAAUUCAGACAACAAAGGAAGGGCAGCUAUAUUAUUUGAAAAUUCUAUGCGAAAUGAAGGAGAAAACAUGACGGGAAAGGAAUCAUUCUCGGCCGCAUUUGCUCAAUCUCAUCUAGGUGAUGUAUCGCCAAAUACAGCAGGACCUCGAUGCACUGAUACAGGAUUGGAAUGCGAUUUUUACAACUCUACUUGUCCGUACACAAUCAGCAUCCGGCCACCAUUAGUACCAAAAUUUGAAAUUCAACGCGCACAACUUUGCGUCGCUUCUGGACCCGGCAACGACAUGUUUGAAUCUACAGAUAUAAUCGGAAGAAAACAAUAUGAGUUGGCUAGCAGUAUGUUUCAUAGUCCGCAAAGAGAACCGGUACAUGGACCAGUCUCGUUCGCUCAUCAGUAUGUUAACAUGUCGCAUGAAGUAGUCGAUCUUGGGGAAGGAAAAACAGCAACGACUUGCAAGCCUGCAUUAGGAUACAGUUUUGCUUCGGGAUGUACGGAUGGCACCGGAGCGUUUGAUUUUCACCAGGGAACGACAGAAGGCACAGAAUUUUGGGAAGUCGUCAGAGCAAUUCUCAUUCCAAUUGCCUGUAGUGGGGAGUUGCCCGAUGAUGCAUACGCGGCUUGUCAGGCACCAAAGCCGGUUUUAUUUCCAACUGGAUAUAUGGAUAAACCAUAUCAAUGGCAUCCAACCAUAGUUGAUGUACAAUUGCUUCGAAUUGGACAACUAUUGAUAGCCGCUGUUCCUGGAGAAUUCUCAACAAUGGGAGGCAGAAGACUGAUUGAUUCAAUAAAAGCAAAGGCAAUUAGCAUGGGAAUGCCGGAGAACACAAGGGUUGUUAUUGCCGGACUAUCAAAUGUCUAUACUCACUAUAUGGUGACAUACGAAGAGUAUCAAGCACAAAGAUAUGAAGGGGCGUCAACUUUAUUUGGCCCUUACACUCACAUGGCUUACAUGCAACGUUAUACAAAUAUGGUCGAAAGCAUGCUCAGAGGAGAAGAAAUUGAACCUGGACCGUCACCGAUAUUACCCAACGAUGCCGUAGAACUGUUGGGUGCACCGAAUCCAGAUUAUAUUCCCGACGGUGUCAAUUUUGGUGAUGUUAUUACUGAUGCCAAUGAAACUUACGCUCCCGGUGACACAGUUAGUCUGACAUUCUACGGAGCAAACCCCAGACAUAAUGUAAAGUUGGGUGGUACUUACCUUGAAGUUCAAAUGUAUCAAGAUUCCGAUACGUCAUGGGUGACAGUCUUUAGAGAUUCCGAUUGGGAAACCAAAUUUAUUUGGAAAGAUGUAAGCAGUGUCCGAGACUCAACAAAAGAAGAAAAUGUCAUAACAACAGCUAUUGAUAUGAUAGCUGAAGCCACAGGAUUAUACUUUGAUUUAAACAAAGCCAGAGAACUGUACGAACUAGGUGAAUUAAGUGUUCCUUCAUACGAUGCAGAUGUGAAUCGAUAUCACAGCAUCCAAGAAGCAAUGAUUGCAAAAGGAGUUUUAAGGAAAUACGAUCAAGUAAAAGCAGAUCCUGGAACCACGGAGAGUCACGUAACAAUAGAGUGGGAUGUGCCUAAAUCUCAAUCUACUGGCAUUUAUCGUAUCUUAUACCACGGGGAUUACUUAUUUGAGGACAAAGUUACUCCAUUCACUGGAAGCUCUAGAGAAUUUCAAAUUCUCAGAUACUACUAGAUGGACUCCUCGACGGGAGUAAUUAAGCAGUCAUCAAAAACAAACUAACGUGACCUGUUAAAUAAACAUAUGAUAAUGAAAUGUAAAAAAAAAGGAAUAAGAUCAGAAAAUUGCAUCGCAAAGUGUGUAUGUUACAUUUAUAAUUUGCAUAUAAGAAUGAGCGAUCAAAAAAUUUGAGACAUUCGAAUGUAUUAGCAGAUGCCUGACUACUUUAAAUAAAUGACAGGUGAAUUUUCAGUGUUUUUAAAAAUUGUCUGUGGUGAUGGAAAUGGCUGUAUAAGCCAGACUACAACAUUGUCCUUCAAUAUAAUUAAUUUCUUAAUUUUUGAGCACGUGACGACAUGCAUUUCAUUUAUUACUGUGGAGACGAGAAAAACUUACACUCGAAUUCUCGAGUAGUUUGACGCCGUUAACUUCAAAUUAUAGUAAUUUGCAGAUUUGUUGAAAUCGUCAUUUGCCUAAAAUAAACCAAUUCUAUAAGUGUUAGAUAAGGAAGUGCUUAUCAAAAUAACUAGUCAGUAAGUAUAACAUUUGCUGUCACAAACAAAAUAAAACCACCCACAAUAUUUUGCGCAAAUGAAAGUUUCAUAUGAAUAUGUGCUGGAAAACAAAGCGUAGUGAGAGUCUUUUGAAUGCAUCAUGAUGUAUUGUAAGCAGCGGGCGAAAAAGGAAUAAAGACAGCCUAGUCUGUUACGUUUUUUGGUACUCCGUUGUA